AAGCACUCUCACCACUGCCAGAGCCGCCGUCGUGCCUUGCACACUCAUCUGAUCCCUGCUGUCUCUCCCUCUCUCUGUGUUAUGGAUCUGUAUCUGCCACUUCUGUGCCUGUGGGUAGAAGAGCUUGCACUCCGCCUGCCCUGAGCCUGCUGCCUGCAAACCAGGACCUCUCUCUCUCUUUUUAUAAAGGAAUUAUAAGAACAUUGGAACAUUUACUAGAGAAGUGACUGAGGGAUUCCCACAGCAUGACACGUUGCUCACGGCCGUAACCCUUAAGGACUAAUUUCAACGAAAAGACUGGAAAUUUAUCACCUUGGAACUCUCUUUGGAUAACGUUUUUAUUUCCAUUCUGCCGUUUUUUUUUUUGUUUUUUUUUUUACAAAUUGAUAUUGUUAUUGGGGUUUAAAGAUGAAGAUUUAUUUCCUGCUUGGGAUUUUUCUAACCUUCCUUCUACACACGAGGAUCUGCCAAGGAAUUAAAUGGUUAGCUUUGGCCAAGACGCCCCUAUCCCUGGCCCUGAAUCAGAGCCAACACUGCAAGCAGCUGGAAGGCCUGGUCUCCUCGCAGAUGCAGCUGUGCCGGAGCAACUUGGAGCUGAUGCAAACCAUCAUUCAUGCAGCCAAGGAGGUGAAGAAAACCUGCAUUAAAGCUUUCACAGACAUGCGCUGGAACUGCUCCUCCAUCGAGCUGGCACCCACCUUCCACCAGGACUUAGAGAGAGGUACACGGGAGUCGGCGUUUGUUUACGCCCUUUCGGCGGCGGCCAUUAGCCACACAAUCGCGAGAGCCUGUACCACCGGCGAUAUCCCAGGAUGCUCGUGUGCGCCAAUCCCGGGCGAGUCCCCAGGACCCGGGUACCGGUGGGGUGGGUGUGCGGACAAUCUGAAUUACGGAAUUCUCAUGGGUUCCAAAUUCUCAGACGCUCCGAUGAAAAUGAAAAAGUCGGGGUCCCAAGCGAAUAAGCUCAUGCACCUGCACAACAGCGAAGUGGGGAGACAGGUGCUAAAGGCCUCGCUGGAGAUGAAAUGCAAGUGUCAUGGCGUCUCGGGAUCUUGUUCCAUAAAGACCUGUUGGCGGGGGCUGCAAGAGCUCCGGGAGAUUGCGCUGGACCUCAAAACUAAAUAUCUGUCAGCAACCAAGGUGGUGCAUAGGCCCAUGGGUACCCGCAAGCAGCUGGUCCCCAAGGACAUCGACAUUCGGCCGGUGCAGGAAACAGAAAUGAUUUAUCUACAGAGCUCCCCGGACUAUUGCUUGAAAAAUGAAAAAAUGGGAUCUCACGGGACCCACGAGAGGCAGUGCAAUAAGACGUCCAACGGCAGCGACAGUUGCGACCUAAUGUGCUGUGGGCGGGGCUACAACCCCUACAUGGACAAAGUGGUGGAGAGGUGCCACUGUAAGUACCACUGGUGUUGCUACGUGACCUGCAAAAAAUGUGAAAGGACUGUGGAGCGGUAUGUGUGUAAAUGAGGUGCCCCGGGGGGCCCCCGCUCUGCCUGGAGGAGCGCUAAUAAACACCCCAACAAAGCACCGUCCGUCCUUGGAAGAGGCCUUCUUCAGGAUUCCUUCCCGGCGAGCUGGUGAGCCAUGGAGGCAAUAAGCAACUUCCAUCCCCAAGUCCUACGGUUCAUCUGCCCAAGGAUUGUGUUUUGUUCUUGUUUAAUUAGGUGCCUAAUGCCAUAAAAAAAGACUAAAAAAUAUCAAAAUGGAGGUUAAAGUGGACCUUGAAGGACCUGCUGGUAGGAGAAGGUGAAGAAGGGAACCAAUUGUUUUUGGACUGAACCCUCGUAUCUAGGUGGGUCAGGCCUUGAUGGAUCCAGGCGUGUUUUGCCUUUGCCAAUACAAUUGUAUCAUGUGAUCUAUUCCGGAUGAUGUCAUAGCAUGAUGUCAUGGAGAGAACGACUCACAUAAGGAUGACCAAUCAUUUCAACGCAGCCAUAUUGUAAAUAAAGGUCCUCUUGGGUGACCCAAAAGGGACAAACUGAUCUUCCCAAAUCCCGGACUGGCUGUUCCAACUGGAAAAUCCUCAUGGAGUAAAGAGUUAAUAAUUCUCGUUACAUCAACUGUGUUUACAUUCUGGGGAAUUUCAUCCAGACCCCCCCCCCCCCCACUCUGGUUUAAACCAUCUGGUUCCCAUGACAACAGUGCAGUCCCACUGUCGGCGGAUGUACAAAUUUUCUUUUGUAUGCAGAACGUACAGAGAUAUUUAUAAAUAUAGCAUUUGCCCUCCUCUAUUCUACCUUUUUUUUUUUUUAUAUAAAAGUAUAAAUAUAUAUAAUUAUAAUUGUAAGAAAAAAAAAAAACAGCUUUAAGUUUGUAUGAAAAAAAAUGCUAAAGGUAAAAUAUAAAAUGGUUUUUACAAUAUAUUUUUAUAUUGGUGUUCUAUGCUAUUUUAUGAAAUGUCAUUUGUACAUAUUUUACAUUAAAGGAAUUUAAAAAUAAAA